CAUGGUUGCUAUGUCUUUCUAGUUAGUUCUAUGUCACAUUAUAACCUCCAAAAGAUGAUGACCAUGCUUAGUUUCCUUUUCAUUCUCGUGCUUUUACCCUCCUUUGAGGCUCUCUCAUAUGAAGGCAUUCCCUCAGAAAUCCAAACCCAAGACAUGCAAGCAUUGAUUGCACAAGCAUGCAUGGACAUUGAAAACCAAAACUCCUGCCUCACAAACAUCCACAACGAGCUCACUAAAAUAGGCCCACCAAGCCCCACAUCGGUGAUGAGUGCAGCACUCAAGGCCACACUCAACGAAGCAAUGGUGGCCAUUGACAACAUGACAAAGAUCACCACAUUCUCCGUCAGCUACCGCGAGCAACAAGCCAUAGAAGACUGCAAGGAGCUCUUGGAUUUCUCGGUUUCUGAGCUGGCAUGGUCCUUGGGAGAGAUGAGGAGGAUUCGCGCAGGAGAUACCAACGUGCAAUACGAGGGAAACCUUGAAGCCUGGCUUAGUGCUGCACUGAGCAACCAAGACACGUGCCUUGAAGGCUUUGAAGGCACAGACAGACGCCUCGAGAGCUACAUCAGUGGAAGCUUGACACAAGUCACACAACUCAUCAGCAAUGUUUUGUCCCUCUACACUCAGUUGCAUACCUUACCAUUUAAGCCUCCAAGAAACACUACUACUGCGGAAUCUGAUGGAACCUCGGAGUUUCCUGAAUGGAUGACUGAGGGUGAUCAAGAGUUGCUCAGAGCCAAGCCACAUGGUGUUCCUGCGGAUGCAGUUGUUGCUUUGGAUGGGAGUGGUCACUAUCGCUCCAUCGCCGAAGCUGUUAAUGCAGCUCCCAGUCACAGUCAAAGAAGGUAUAUUAUUUACGUGAAAAAAGGACUUUACAAGGAGAAUAUUGACAUGAAGAAGAAGAUGACCAACAUCAUGCUCGUCGGAGAUGGUAUAGGCCAAACCAUUAUCACCAGCAACCGGAAUUUCAUGCAGGGAUGGACCACCUUUCGAACGGCCACGCUUGCUGUGUCUGGGAAGGGUUUCAUUGCAAGGGACAUGUCGUUCCGGAACACAGCAGGGCCGGUGAACCAUCAAGCGGUGGCGCUGCGUGUGGAUUCAGACCAAUCAGCCUUCUACAGGUGCAGUGUGGAAGGGCACCAAGACACGCUCUACGCCCACUCCCUGCGACAGUUCUACCGUGAGUGCGAAAUAUAUGGCACCAUAGACUUCAUUUUCGGCAACGGUGCUGCAGUACUGCAAAACUGCAAAAUAUACACCAGGGUUCCACUUCCCUUGCAGAAGGUUACCAUCACGGCCCAAGGCAGGAAAAGCCCACACCAGAGCACGGGCUUCACCAUCCAGGACAGCUAUAUUCUCGCCACCCAGCCCACCUACUUGGGCCGGCCCUGGAAACAAUACUCUAGGACGGUUUACAUUAACACUUACAUGAGUGGGCUUGUCCAGCCCCGGGGCUGGCUUGAGUGGCUCGGAAACUUUGCCCUCAACACUUUGUGGUACGGUGAGUACAGAAAUUAUGGGCCCGGUGCAUCUCUGGUGGGCCGGGUCAGAUGGCCCGGUUAUCAUGUAAUCAAAGAUGCCUCCACCGCUAGUUUUUUCACCGUUCAGAGGUUCAUUAAUGGUGACACGUGGCUGCCAAGGACAGGUGUCAAGUUCACAGCAGGUCUCACCAAUUGAGAUCAUUUGAUUACUAUUAUUUGUAGAUGAAAAACAAAUAAGUUUAUCAUAUCCUCCAUUUUUCAGAUAAAUAGCUGCACCAUUUACUCUGAUUGAUGAAAGAGGAAUAUUUUUUUUAGUAGGUGGAUGUUUAGGAAUUAAGUUUGUGUAAUAUGUAAUAGUAAUUUGGAAUUAGGUUUGGUGGUUUGUUAUACUUUUAUUGUACAAUUUCCUCUAAUAAUUUUUCUGUUCUGUGACAUUAAUUAUAAAUUAAAGC